GGCUAUACUUCCGCUGCCGGUAGUGGACUGAGAGACUGCCAAAGGAAGCGCAGAACAGAGCAGUGUGUGACAAAUAUUUUGUACAAGAAAAAAAAAAACGCUGUCAGAAUUGUUCCAGCGAUAAUACAUUCUCAGUUUGAAGAAUUGCGAAAUUCAAGUGUUACACGUUGACCGAAGAUGGCUGUGAAUGUGUACUCCACCUCUGUGACCAGUGAGAACCUGAGUCGGCAUGACAUGCUGGCCUGGAUCAACGAGUCUCUCCAGAUUAACCUAUCCAAGAUAGAGAUGCUGUGCUCAGGUGGGGCCUACUGCCAGUUCAUGGACAUGCUGUUCCGUAACUCUGUGCCUCUGAAGAAAGUCAAGUUUGCUGCCAAGCUAGAGCACGAAUACAUCCACAACUUUAAACUUCUACAGGCGUCCUUCAAGAAGAUGGGCGUCGACAAGAUCAUUCCAGUGGACAAGCUGGUGAAGGGGAAGUUCCAGGACAACUUUGAGUUCGUCCAGUGGUUCAAGAAGUUCUUUGACGCCAACUACGACGGGCAGGACUACGACCCCCUGGAGGCCCGCCAGGGACAGGACGCCACGUCUCUGACCCCCGCCACCUCGGCCCUCAGCAGGCCCCCCAAGAAGAUCCUCAACCCAGCUCCCCAGAGAGCAGCCGUUGCCAAGGUAGCACCCAAGAUGGCGCCGACCAACGCAAGAAGAACAAUGAUGGGUGGUGGAGACGAGGAGAAAGCAGAGCUCCAUCAGGAGGUGGACGUUCUGAAGACGACCAUCCAAGACAUGGAGAAGGAGAGGGACUUUUACUUUGGCAAGCUGCGGAACAUCGAACUGAUAUGCCAAGAGAAGGAGGGGGAGGGCGACCCAACGCUGCAACGGAUAAUCGAGAUUCUCUACGCCACAGACGAGGGCUUCGUGAUCCCCGACGCAGAGUCCGAGGAGCAGGAGCAGGAGCAGGAGGAGUUCUAGGAGCUGAGCUGGGAGGCGUCCCCCCCCCCCCCCCCUUCCCCGCGUGGCCGGGGCCGGUCCACUUUGCCCAGCGCCAGCCUCCGUAGCCCCGCCUCUAGCCUCUGUAGCCACUUUAACCCCCGACCCGCCACGACGUUUGCGCUCCACGCCGGCCGCGCCGCGAGGCCCCCCCCCCCCCCCCUCCUCCCACCUCGAGGCCGGGCCUAAACGCCUUUUUUAGGUUAUUUUAUUUUCAUUCAUUCAUUCACUGUGAUUGUGGAUGAUUACACAAGUUGCCCCCCCUCCCCCCCCCUUCCCCCCACUGCUCUCCUUUGGACUUGGUCCUAAAGCCACCCCCCCCCCCACCCUGCCAUGCCCAUGGCUUCCAUUCCUAUUAGUAAAUGGACGCUCCCCCCCCCCCCCCCCCCCCUCGUGACGACCGUCUAUGUGUUGUCCGUUGGAGAGAAUGGUUGGUGAGUCUCUUGCGGUGCCUCUUCCUCCUGUCCUGCCCCCCCCCCCCCCCCCCGACAACCAGACUGUCGACACCGAGACAGACCUGGAUAUCCAACAGACUUCAGUAUGAGCAACAAUAUCGUGUGUGUGUGUGUGUGUGUGUUUGUGUGUGCGUACGUACGUACAUGUUAACAAAAAUAUCAUGUUGAAACGAAUCGAGAAGGAAGAGCCUCCUUGGGAUGCCCCUCCUGUUUGUGAGUCAGUCCCAGACUAAACCCCCCCCCCCCCCCCCCGGUUCUCCCCAUGAAGCGCCACUGUGCCGGCCGUUCUGUGCCCCUCAUACAAGCCUUUUUUAGAAUGUUCUUUUGGGUUGUUUUUAAACGGACACAGUACAUGGGCGACUGUACUCCAGGGCACGACCAACAGCUAGGUAGACAUCCACUGCCAAACAAGAUAAUUUAUUUAGAGUCAAACAAUUUUGUUAAUAGUUUGUCAGCAAACCCCAAAAUGAACUUUCCUAUGCUCAUUUUUGGACGGCUUAUCUCGAUGUGGACUUGACCACGGUUUUAAAAAUAUAUAAAUGUGCUGGCAGUUCCUUGACGACACUGAGAGAGUGCUAGACACGUCAGCUGUAGUUCCUAGGCUAGCAGGUCCGUGGGGGUUUAGUCUAGGACCAGGCGUCUGGCCACACCUCCUCUUUAGGCCUGUGAGCGCCCCUUCAUGGUGCUUCAAGAGCCAAACAUGCCAACAAAACUGUCUUGGUAUUGGGCCAUUUUUGGCGUAAAAAAAAACAAAAAAAAAAACGAUGCUUUGAUGCUGGUUCUAUUUCAUUAUUUUUGUUUGGCGCCUUCUUGGUCUGCUCUGUAAUGAAAUGUUCUAUGGGGAUGGCCUGAGCAGAACAUAUUCACCUGUUUGUUUUCUUGUUUAACAUUCACCUUCCGGUGUGUCUACUUUGAGUGAGUGUAUCUUGCUCGUCUUCAAUGGUCAUCAUUUGUUCAAUUGUCUGGAGAAACUUGUUUUGCUGAUUCCAUUAAAGACGAAAGGGUAUUGGAUA